AUGGCAUCGCAAGAUGAAAUCGAGACUGAAAUCGCGCUGCUCGAACGUCGCCUGCAAGAGGCAAAAGCCCGUUUAAAAGCUCUGAAACCAUCAUCAUCAACAACAUCAUCAUCAUCAUCGUCCAAUUCCAACAGCAGCAUCCCGUCUCAUCCCUCGCCCUCUGCAUUCUCACCCGCCUCCUCACACACGCACUUCCUCCUGCUCCUCUCCGACUCCGCCCUCCCCAUCGGCUCCUUUGCCUUCAGCAGCGGCCUCGAGUCCUUUGCCGCGCACAACCGCAGUGCCGCCUCGUCCUUCUCCUCCUUUCUCCCGCUCUCGCUCUCGUCCUACGCGUCCUCCACGCUGCCCUUUGUCCUCGCCGCGCAUCGUCGGCCGCAGUGUCUCGCGGAAUUAGAUGACCAGCUUGAUGCGGCUGUCAUUUGCACCGUUGGUCGGCGCGCGAGUGUCGCCCAGGGAAGGGCCCUGCUGAGCAUAUGGGAGCGCUCCUUUAAACCAACCAACCUACCACCUUCCACUUCCUCAACCUCAUCCUCAUCCUCAUCCUUUCAUCAGGCCGCCAGCAACAACAGCAGCAGCAGCAGCAGGAGCAGCAUCUCGCCAGACGCCCUCGUGCUCAGCAACUUCUCCGCCCUCCUCCGCCGCGAAAGCACCAAGUCCAGCGCCGGCGAGCCUCCCCUCGUCUCCGCCCACCUCGGCCCCCUCUUCGGCGUCAUCGCCGCCGUCGUCGGCCUCUCGCUCCGGCAGACGGCCUACGUCUUCAUGCUCAGCCACGUCAAGGCGCUCGUCUCGGCCGCCGUCAGGGCCAACAUGUUCGGCCCGUACCAGGCGCAGAAGAUGCUCGCGAGCGAGCACGUCCAGGCGCUCAUCAACGCCGUCGUCGAGAGGGAGUGGCAUACGUCUGUGGAGGAGGCUGGGCAGAGCGUGCCGGUGAUGGAUCUGUGGGUUGGGCGGCAUGAGCUGCUUUACUCGAGGAUCUUCAACAGCUGA